UGGGAAGAGAAGCGCCGCCGUCGCCGCGGGGGGAGAUGGCCCCCGCCGCAGCCGCCGCGCCGGCGCCGGCCGCCACCGCCUGCUCCUCGUCGGCCAGCUCCGCGCGCCCUCCCUCCACCGCCUCCUCCUCCUCCCAGUCGCCGCCCAGGCGCACGGUCCCGGCGCUCCUCCUCUUCACCUCCCUCGCCGCCCUCCUCAUCCUCUCCUCCGGCGAGGCCCACGACGCCGACGCCGCGUCCGGCCGCCCCCUCAAAGAUGUUAGUUUCGAAAAUCCAGAGGUGACUUUUGCUCCCUCGUCCAUGGGUGGAAUCUUUUGUGAGCGAAUCCGCAUUUCUGGAAUACCAAGGUGGCAGUUUCAAAGCUACGCAAAUCAAAUACAUGUUCGAAUGAAUGUUUCUCAUUCAAUGCCAGAAAAAUUCCAUUGGAAAAUACAGAUUUGCUUUCAUGGGAAUGCUUCUACGGGUUUGUGCCAAUGUGAGAUGGAUGAAUGGCAAGCUCUGCAAGGUGGCAUGUGGAAUGCUGUGAAGUCUCCAUAUGCCAGCAGAUAUGUUGAUGUGAAACUGACUGAUAAGAAAUCUACUGUCUUCAGCCUUUCCAUUCAGGAAGAGCUUCAGAAGUGGCGUUUAGCUUGCCUUGGUAUUGGAUUUGUCCUGUUAUUCCUGUCACCCAUCGUUAGUAAAUGGGCACCUUUUUACUAUAGCAGCUCUAUGGCACUUGGAAUCCUACUUGUGGUGCUGAUUGUCCUUUUCCAGGGGAUGAAACUGCUACCGAUGGGCAAAAAAGGUUUAUUUUACCUUACAAUUUAUGGAUCUGUGUUGGGUGUUGGCUCCUAUGCUGCACACUACUUCUCCUCAAUGGUUGCCUCUAUUCUGGAAAACUUUGGCUUGAGCGAGGAGAUGCACAACCCUGUUUCAAUCUUUCUGCUGGUAGCAGUUGUUUUGACUGGAGCUGGUUUUGGCUAUUGGAUGGUGAGGAGAUUUAUCAUUUCAAAAGAUGGCAGUGUUGAUGCCGGGAUAGCACAGUUUGUAAAGUGGGCUAUGCGUGUUGUUGCAAUGUUCUUUGUUAUGCAGAGCACACUGGACCCUAUUCUAGCAUCGGCUGCUCUAGUUGCUAGCUGGUGGAUUUGCUCUGUACUGACGGCAAAGAAAGUUCACAAGCCAAUAGCACGGAAGCGAAAACAAUUAAAUGUGCCUUCUCAUCCAAGGUUUACUCAAGUAUCACCCAACACUCGCCAGGUCCAGUUCUUAAGUCCAUCAUCAGGGGCGGGUACUGGAAGAGCCACAACAACACAGUAUGGUUGGAACAAUUUAGCCAAUGGAGGUUUGGUCCCCUCAGCAAUGGGAAAGAGGGUAGCACCCAAUCAAGAUGAAGACUACUACUCCACCUUCCACAACAUCGAACCACGGAAAUACUCAAAGAGAGAAUGGGAGGAGUUCACCGAGGAAUCGACCAGAAACGCACUGAUGGUACACACGGCCACCCCAGAGUUCGCCCAAUGGGCUGCUGACAAUGCUCACCGGCUGCGGGUGGAGCGGGACGACGCGUCCGAGGACGAGUCGAUCGAGAGCUCCUCUAGCUCUUCCGAAGAAGCUGAGAAAGGCGGAAAAGCUUCCGGUCUGUUGAGCGGGUUUAUGUGAUGCCAGUCACCGACUAAAACUGUAGGGAGCUCGACGUGCUGCUUUUGCGGACGAUGUGUAUAAGUAGGAUUGUAAACUUGGUAGCAGUAGGGGGUGGAAGUUCAUCGUUUCUACAUGCUUCGCCAUUGCAGCAGAAUGCUUGGUGACUGUAGGCUAGUAGCUGGUUAACCACCAUCAUGUCUCAGUUCAACUAAUGUUAGGUUUAGCUGGCGGAUCUUUAGAUUUUAGUCGAUGCAUCGGAGGAUGUGGACCGGUGUCGGUUCCGCGCCAUUCGAUGGAUUAGGGACGGUCGAUCCUGUUGGGAUCUUGCCAUUGUCUUGUUGAACAUCUCCUGUUUCAUUCUCACGUGUGUGAGAGUGGCAUUCCAAGGAUCUUUUAUCUCUUGUUAGCUACGUAGCAUGUGCCAUGUCGAGUUAUGCAAAGCAAAACUGUUUUGGA